AUGAAAUAUAAUAGGACCCUCAGUAGCAGGCCUAACUAGUAUCGACGUCCUCAGAGAGCACCCCUAAACUUUAUAUCAUCUGAAUAGCGAGAAUAACUAAUUAAUCUGGUAGAGCUUGGAAACAAAAAUAUUAUCGAAGCAAGUGAGAUCUUGAAUAUCAAUUAUUCUUCGGCUAAAUCUAUUAUAAGAUAAUUCAGAUUGACAGGUAGAAUCUAGAGAAUUUAUAAGUGUCGCAGAUAAAGACCUCAUUUAAACAAUCAAAAAACUCCACUAACUACUUAUAGUGACAAAAGUUUGCCGUUCUUUUAGCAGAUUGAUAUGCUGAGCGCACCACCCAAAGUAGAUUAAAUUAUGGAAAUGAUCCCGUGGAAGCACAAACUUGAGACUGGUUACCAUAUUUUCUAAUUUUCCAGAUAUCCACUCAAAAUUAUGGAAUCUUACAACAAGAAAUAACUUUUGCUAGACUUAACCACGAAAGAUUAAAUUGAAUUUUCUCGAGUUACUGAUUAAAAUGAGCAGAUUUAAUCCACAGAUCUUUACGUUUAGCAGAUUUAAUUAUGA